AUGGCAUUAUUAACCAAUAUUAUUUUGGCCAUAUACGCCCUCAAUUUAGUCCAAAUUGAUACUCAAUCGACUGAAGAAGAUCAGCCAUUCACAAAUAUUUACAACCCAUUUGUACCAUCAUCAGUCAACUUCCAAGACAUUUAUACGAAUACUUUAAAUAGACUUGCUAACGCCCCAACAAGUGAAGAACAGACGGACUUCCCAAUUAACAGUUUAUCAUCCCAGUUUGUUCAAUUUCAUCCAAAAGUACUAAAAAUAUCUCGAAUAACAGCACCUCCGAAAGUGCUGUUAAAUUCUUCAUUUAUAAAGAAAAGCACAGAAGAAUCGACUACAUCGCAUAUUACAGAAGAAUCUGACGAACCUAUAAAAGUCAUUCCUAUAAUACAUCAUCAAAAAGGUGUUUUGGACGUCUUGUUUCCUGCUGCUAGAGUGAAAUCAUUUAAAAACGUAUUUGAUUCCUUUAGACGUAUUCUCUCAUAUACAUUUCGA